AUGCCAUUAACAACAUUUCGAGAUGAAAGUAUCAUUGUAAUUCAUAUAGGGUCUUAUAGAACACGCGCAAUUCUUGGGAUCUCAGAGUCUUUAACACCGCCAACUAUAAAAAUAUUUACACGUGUUGGUAUUCGGAAAGCAGAAAACCAUGAAACUAUUGAUAAAAAUAAUAAAAAAAGCUAUCUUGUAGGAUUAGAUCUAGAUAAAGCAUUAGAAGCAAAGGAGGAUGUUGAAGUUAUAUGGCCUAUUAAACAAGGGAUUGUAAAAGACUGGGAAGCGUUAAAAGCAAUUUGGUCAGAACAGAUGAAUCGGCAAUAUCCUCCUCAGCCAAGAACGUCUAUAAAUCCUGUUUAUUUAAUUGUUCCUCCUCAAUGGAAUAUGCGUGAUAAAGAACUUGCAACAUGCACAUUUUUUGAAGAUCACUUAGUUGCUGGGUUUGCAAUUGGAGAUGCAAGUGUUUUCCCUUUGUAUGCAAUGGGGCAUCUUUCUGGAAUUGUUAUUCAUGUGGGCUAUGAAAAAACGGAUAUUACUCCUGUGUUGGAUGCACAAGCAGUUACAUCAGCAAGGAUAACAAUUCCUAUUGGCGGAAAAAAUUUAACAGAGAGGUUACAUGCUUUACUUUUAUCAUCUCCUCCUAUUUUGAAAGAAACUAAUACGCCUCUUCCUUCUGAAGAAAUAACAUUUGAACUUGCGGAAAAAAUUAAAUGCUCAAAUAUCGUUGAAGUGAUUUUACAGAAACCUCAAGAAUCUUUUCAAAAACUUUUAAACAAAACAAGUGAUAACUUACCUCCACCAGAUAGUAGUAUGGAGGGUGUAGAAGAUGUAGCAUCAAUUGUUGUAAGUGGUAGAACAAGAGAGUAUUUGGCUCAAAAAGAAGCGGAGAAAAACCAGAAUAGAAAAUCAAAAAAUGAAAAUAAUGUUUUUGAAAACAAAAAAUUAACUUACAACCAAUUUACUUUAGAUAAUAGUCAAGUUGUUCUUAUAGGAAAGGAAAGAUUUGAAGUAUGUGAUAAUUUUUUUGAAGAUGAUGUUCAAGAAGGGAGGUUGGGAAUUUUGAAUGCUAUUUAUAUGGCGAUAAACAGUGUCAGCAUUGAACCAGACCGACGUUCUGAUCUUUGGGAGAACAUUGCUAUUGUUGGUGAAGGAUCUCGAAUUUUAGGAUUUAAAGAACAACUUCUGUCAGAUAUUACUCAAAAAUAUAUUUCUGUCAUUGAAAGUACAGCAAUGAAGCAUCCUAAUAUGUCUACAUCAGCGUAUACAUCUUCCAACACGAUGAUAUCAAAUGUAAAUUCAAGCUAUUUGGUAUAUCACAAUCCGCCAAUCAUUUUCCCAUCAACAAUCCGGCUUGCAAAAAUACCUGAUUUUUUUCUAGAAUGGAAAUUAGAUAGAAAUCCCAAUGCAAUUCUGGAAGAAGCUUGUUUUCUUGGUGGACAAAUUGUAGCUAAAUUGUCAUUUAACGAUCCUAGUUCAAAAAACUACAUGGGAAGAGGCGAAUAUAAUGAAAAUGGACCAACUUAUAUUAACGAAAUUUAA